AUAACACAUUGAAGUAUUCAGACAUUUUGUGAAAUUGAGUUGAAUUUUAAACAAAAUAAAACAUUGCAGAAAUGAAACUUUUCCAUUUCCAUAACUUACUUUUUCUGCUCAUCUUCUUUCUUCACAUGGGAGCUGCUGCUGACAUGGGAGUAUCAGCAGAGGCAGCAUUCACCAACACAGUCAAUCAAGAGGUGCAGGCGGGAGGGCUCCUGCAGCAACAUGCAGCAGAAGGACUUCCGGGUGCAGAAUGGACAUCGCUGAAUGAUAUGGGUGGAAUAACAUUGCCGAACAAUAACCGGAAAUUUGGAAAUUCAUCUCAACCUAGCCAGACACAGCUUUCUAAUCCAAGAAUAUCGAUGAUUUCCAAAGGAAAUGAAUCUUCAGAAAGGUCCAAGAUCUCAACACAGAAGUUGAAACUCAACUGCAGCUUUGAUGGAUGUGACCGAGUUGAGAAGAACCCAUGGCAACGGUUCUUGCUGGCUUUGCUAGCCUCAAACUUGGAUAUUCAACUCGACAAAAUUUUUUCAACAAAACAGAAAAUGGAUUUGAAUAAUUUUAAUUCUGCUAGAGCAUCCACCGAGAAUUCGUACGAUAAUUAUACCGCUUAUAAAAUUCGAGGAUUUGCCAACACUGAAACAGAAGACAACAGUUCAGAAAUUCAGAAGACAACAGUUCAGAAAGAAGUUUUUCAUGUCGAAUUCAUGGACAAGAUUAAUAAAAAUACGGAAUAUUCUACAAACAAGCAUGUAUUCAAUAACUUGACUGUUCAGAAAGCAAGCAAGAACAACAAUAACACAUACAGAAAAAUCAUUGCAACCACACCAGAAGGUGUUACACCAGAGAUUAACCCAUUACCAAGAUUUUCUUUCCACCGCAUCGUGGUUGACACCCCGCAGCCUCGUGUGGUGGUGGCAAUGACAUCCUCCAACCCCACCAAGGUGGAUCACUUCAAAUAUAUUAACCAACGCAGCAUCCCACAAACAAACAUCUUGUUUGAUAAAGUUGGUGAAAAGGAAAAGAAGAAGGAAGAAAAUAUUCCCUCUCCUAUGAGUUUCACUUCCAAAUCCAAGAUGGCCUUCCAACGAACGCCCGAAUUAAAUAAUUUACCACCCUUAGAUGAAGCUAAUAAUGGCAAUCCUGUUACACUACGAGACGAGAUAAAACCAUAUUCUGAUACACAUGAGAAUUCACCAUUAAAUUAUACAUCACAUGAACCACAUCGUGAAGAUAAGGAAAAUGGACCUGCAAUCAGAGCACAUCAUAAGGGCCCAGCAAUAAGCGACAAGGCAGUGAACGCGGGACGUGAACCUGACAUUAAAUUUCGUUCAAGUGACGUAGCAUCAGGGUCUGAAAUUGAAAAAUUACAUUCACCCUCCAUGGCAGACCAGAUAAGGUCUUGGCAGAACAAAAUCUGGCUGGAUGAUGUCAAAAAUCAUCAUUUACUUUCUUCAAUAGCGAACACCAAACAUGAAUGGCGGCCGAAAACUUCAGUCAACAUAACAAAUAUGAUAGAAUCUGCUGUUCAAAAACACACUGGCUACAGCAAAGUUUUGCAAAACAAUGAUUUACAUGAAGAAAAAGAUGAAAUAAUAGAAAUUGAUACGAAAGGAAAGAUCAAACCAAGAUCUGACAAUGGAACUUUAUCUUCAUUAGCAUCUCAGUCAUCCACUGUGCCAAAGAUUACGCGCCGGCUUAAUACUAUAAAGAAGCAGCGACAGUUCCUGCGCCGGUGGCUUGCGCGGCUACGGCGCCACAGCGGCGGCCACGUCAAACAUUGAUGUAAUAAACUAACAUGAGUUAUAUGUUAUGAUAGUUGUAGAUCAGUAUAGUUAUAGGACAUGAUAGUUAUAGAUCAGUAUAGUUAUAGGUCAUGAUAGUUAUAGAUCAGUAUAGUUA